ACAUUUUUUCAUCAACACAAUGAAUUGGUGAAAUUGUUUAAAGUGGCACUCGAACGGAUGCCCUCCGAUGGCCACAAAAUCAUAAUAAAAGCCGAUAAAACACCAAUUGGGGAGCACACCAGACGAUUCAAUGCACCAACGAUUGAUGAAGUAGCCAUUGUUGUGGUUGGCGAACAUUUUCAGUCACGAGACAUUGUUUUGUAUCGUAGAAAUGAGAAUUUACAACGUAUUUCAGAACUCCAUCGCUGUUAUGAUGCAUUGCAAUACCCCAUUUUGUUUUGGAGAGGGGACGAUGGCUAUCACAUCAACAUACCAAUGAUAAAUCCAACAACUGAAUCAACAAAAAAAGUCAGUGCGAUGAAUUUUUAUUCGUACCGAUUGAUGAUUCGCCCUCAAGAAACAAAUUUUAUUUUGCGAUGCAAUCAACUUUCGCAUCAAUAUAUCGUCGAUAUGUACGCCAAAAUUGAAAGUGAGCGAUUAAAUUUCAUCCGUUACAAUCAAGCCCGAUUAAGAUCAGAGGAAUACAUACAUUUGCGUGACGCAAUAAUCAAUGAUGUAAAUGUGAAUGAUAUCGGCCGUUUAACAAUUUUACCAUCAUCAUAUGUUGGUAGCCCACCAACAUGCAAUAUUUCAAGGAGUUCUGGAAUGGCUAAAGUCUUGCAACAAACAUCCAUUAUUUUAUGGGACGAAUGUCCAAUGGAGAAUGUUUGGCGGUGCAUUAAUAUUGUUAUCUGGUGAUUUUCGUCAAACGUUGCCAAUUAUUCCGAGAUCAACACCAGCUGA